AUGGCUUAUGCUUUCGAUGUAGAAAAAGAGACAUCUACUUCUGAAGAAGAAGACGAGGAAGAAGAAGAUGAUGGCUUCUCUCAAUCAGCCUACGAGAUGAACAAGGGACUGGUCCCCUUGGCCGACCUGUUCAACGCCGGUACGUCUAUCGUUCGGAGCGACUUCUCCCUGAUCUAUGGCAUGACAAUGGUCGCGAUUAAACCCAUUCUCAAAGAUCAACAGAUCUUCAAUGAUUUUGGCCAAUUGCCUAGGUCAGAUUUACUUAACAUGAAGCGGCGCUACGGCUACGUUACUGACAAUUACAAGAAAUGGGAUGUCGUUGAAGUGGAUGUUGAGACGCUUGUGUUCGCUGCUAGCAAAUAUAAUCAACUUGAUAACAGAGAGCGAGAUGCCAGGCUCGAGCUUGCAGCAACGUGGCAAGUAUUGCAAGACGGCUAUGACCUUAGUCGUCCACCAGAGAAGGGAUCGCUUGAAUUUGAUCAAUCGCUCAUACUUACUAUCACCGCGUUGUUGCUUGAUACGGAUGCUGCUAAGCAAGCAAUUGCUAGGACACGGACGCCAAAGCAGCCACCACUACACCUGCUGAAGACGUUGCGUUUGGUUCUCAAAGAAAUCAUAUCUGACAGACAGAAAGCCUACAAAACGACACUGGCUGAAGAUAUCGCUCUGUUACACGACCUGACUGUGCAAGGACGGCGGAGAAUGGCUAUCGAAGUUCGUCUAGGAGAGAAGGAAGUUCUCUCCAUGGCAGCUCUCCGGGUCGACGAUACAAUUGCCGAACUUAGAGAGGACGAGAGUACGAGUCACGUCAAGAGGAGAAAGAUGUGA